CUUUUUAUUCCUUCCCUUACAGAUUUAAAGAUGAGCUAUUUGCUGUUUGGAGUAACUGCCCUACACAUCGUCAUCUUGAUCAUCCUCUUUGUUGCCACCCUUGACAAUUCAUGGUGGGUACUUUCAGAAGAUGAAACACUGAACCUCUGGCAUGACUGUAUUUAUAACAACAGCUCAGAAAGUUGGUUGUGCUCUUCUGUGUCAACAAAUGAAUGGUUCCAUGCUGUUCAAGCUCUGAUGGUCCUCUCAGUCCUAUUCUCCAGCUUUUCUUUCAUGCUAUUCAUGUGCCAACUCUACACCAUGGAGAAAGGUGGACUCUUUUAUGCCACAGGUGUCUUCCAGAUACUUGCAAGUCUUGCUGUGUUCUCUGGAGCAGUGAUCUACGCAAGCCAUGUGAGGGAGUUUCAUCAAGACAAGCCUGAAGGAGGACAUUUUGGUCAUUGCUUUGUGCUAGCCUGGGUGGCCUUUCCUCUCGGUUUAGUGAGUGGAAUCAUGUACAUCCAUCUGCGGAAACGGGAGUAA